GCAAAUCGAACGUUUCAAAAAUCGAAACGACGCCACCAUUUUCCCGCUUCUUCGCGAAUCAAACCGACGGCGAGGAACAUGGCGGUCACCCUCUCCGCUCCCGCCGAUCCGUCCGCCGCCGCCGACGAGGCCGACCUCGUUCCGUGGCUCAGGUCGGUUUCCGAGGCGCUGGCCGACGUGAACUUGGGCGGCGGCUCCGUCGCAGAUCUCAACAGGCUCCUGUCCGGUUGUAUCGCCACGUUCAAGGACAACCUCCGCAUCCGAAAUGACCCUAGGUUUCUCAAGCUGUGGAUUAUCUACUUGGAUACUAGCGAGGAUUUCGAAAGCGUCGUCAAAGAAAUGGAUGAUGAUAAAUCGUGGCCCAAUGAUGCAUUGUUCUAUGAAUUGUACGCGUUGUUUCUCGAAGCCAAAGGACAGUUGCAUGAGGCUGUUAAGGUUUACCAAAUGGGCAUCGCCAGGCAUGCUAGAGGAGCGAGGUUGCAGAAGGCGCAGGCGGCAUUUCUCGAUAGGUUGUCCCACAUAAUCGCAGCUGCUUCCCCGAAGGCUGAAAAUGGAGACCGGAUAGAGCUUGGGGAGACUUAUGUCAAUCCUUGGUCCAACUCCACGAUGAAAGACCUGCUGGAGAAGAUUAGUUCUCAACUUAUGAAAUAUGAUGGGUACUAUUCGAGUCCUAAAGCAUAUUCUGGAAAGGUGGCCCUAUCGUCUCUUCGUAAUUCAUCAAGAAAUAAAGUUAUUGAGAUAGGUGGAAAGAAAUACCAGAUCAAGGGCUGUGCAGGUCAAGGUGGUUUUGCCCAAGUAUUUAAAGCUCAUGUAGACGGUUAUCCAGAUGAAGUUGUUGCACUGAAGAUACAAAAGCCUGGCUUCCCUUGGGAAUUUUACAUGUAUCGGCAACUUGAUCUGCGGAUCAUAGAUUCUCAUAGGCAUGCCUUCGGUUUUGCCCAUAGAAUGCACGUCUACUCAGACUGUAGCAUACUCAUUUGUGAUUAUUUAUCCCAUGGGACACUUCAGGAUGCCAUAAACUCCUAUUUGGUGAUUGGCAAGACCAUGGAAGAAGUGCUAUGCAUUUAUUACACUAUAGAGAUGCUCCGCAUGUUAGAGACUUUGCAUGCUGUUGGCAUCAUUCAUGGAGAUUUCAAGGCUGAUAAUCUACUCAUUCGAUAUGCAAGGGAGGAUCUUUCAAUAAAUGGAUCCGAGGAUCAUAGCGGUUCAUGGAGUGCUCAGGGUCUUUGUCUUGUGGACUGGGGAAGGGGAAUAGAUUUGCAUCUUUUUUCUGAUAAUACCAUAUUCAAAGGAGAUUGCCGGACUUCCGGCUUUCGUUGCGUUGAGAUGCAAGAGGAUAAGCCAUGGAGGUAUCAGGCAGACAUAUAUGGUCUUUGUGUAGUUGUCCACAUGAUGUUGCAUGGUACCUACAUGGAAAUAGAAAAGAGGAUAUCUUCAAAUGGAAGUUAUCUUUAUCAACCAAAAUCCACUUUUAAACGGUAUUGGAAUGUUGAUCUAUGGAAGAAUAUGUUCACAAAGUUACUGAACAUUGGCCCUGGCAACCAUGAAAUAACUUUGUUGCGGAGUGUGAGGCAAUCGUUUGAAGAUCACAUGAGCUCCAACAAACAGCUUAUUCAGAAGCUUAAGGAUCUGCUCUUGAGGCAAAGAUCAUCCUUAUGUUCAGCGUAGUGCGUCCAUACAUUUUUGUGUUCUAUGUUAAUUGCCCCAAAGAGUUGGUUAUGUUGGCACUCCUCGACCAGAGAGGAUUUUAGCUGGUUGACAUAUUCGCAUCAUUAUCCAGAUGAUGCACGUGAUCGUCAUGAACCGCUUUCCUGGCACCAUCUUUCUCUUUCUUUUGAAGAGAGGAAGUUCAUUAUAGACCUUGUAUAUAUCUGUAUUCUGUAGAGCAAGAGCGCUUGCAAUUCUGAAGCAUCUCUGCUGUCACAAUGUCGGUAUAUGUUAUUCACAGAAAGAAUGUCAUAAACCAUCUCCAAUAUGUUAAUAUAUCUGAUUAUGGGUCGUACGAAA